CCCUCGCCUCAAUCAAGUCGUGACGGCAGUCCGGUCUCUGACACAAGCUCUCCAGUCGACUCGCAGGAUGACAUAGCCACAGCAGAUAUACAACAACGCACGUUUCCUGCAGACCUUCCCCGCAAUGCGAAAUAUCUCAGGUUCUACCGACGCUUCCCCAUGUCUUCGUACUUCUCGGCAGAGGAAGAUGACAAGCCACCCUCUCUUCCGCGCGCACAGGGAGCUAUGUGGAAUACUCCGCGCCACCCAUCCGAUCUGUAUACGCCUCGUUUUGUCCGCGGCCGCGGCAAGGACAAAGUAGGGUUAUGUCCCAUCUGCUGCGAAAGCGUUCAGCGGGGUGGCGAGGGCAAGAAAGUGUGGUUAGCGAUGAAGGUCAGCGCCUUUAACUACCACAUGCAGUACUAUCAUGGUAUCUCCUCAGCUUCUACUCAGCCGUUUUCUCCUCCGCUCGCGUUCCGCGUCGUGGCCCGUGUGGCGGCCAAAAACGAAAAGUCUGAGAUCGAAGAGGGGAAAUGCCACAAAUGCAAGAAGUGGAUACCGCUUGAAAGCAUCAGAGACACAGAGCUCAAGGUCAAGGAACUAUUCUGGUGGAAACACGCUGCGACAUGCCACCGCGAAUCCCGUCUUGAGGGCGAACGCGACAUAUUCCUAGAGGACGACGUCUGGAAGAAGCUCCGUAAUAUCUAAUCCGUUGUAACCGCCAACCAAACGGCCGUUUUCUGAUCAUUUCCCUGUUGGUCAACUAAUCUCAUACUUACC